UGAUUUGUUCACGAAUUGGACAUCGCUAUACCGGAGUUGAUACAAACGAUGAUAUCUUAUAAUUUCCCAUGUUAUGUUGUAAUGACUAAUACAAAAUAACAUGCAUAACGAACAUUUUUCUCUAGUCUAUUUCCGUGUUAUGGGAACGUUUAAUUUUCCAAUUAUAAAUGUAGCCUGAAUGACGUUUGGAAAAACUCAGGGAAACCUCAUAAUGGCCCAGAGAAAACCGUCUCUUGUUGUUUUGUUUUUAAGUUGCUGGAGUGUCGCCGGAAACUCUGUCUUUUAACUUCUGUUUUCAGGGAUAAGACGUAGAAAGUAUCGACGGGAAGAAAUAGUGGUCCUUUGUUUUAAGCAGCUUCGAGGUAUUGUAAAGGGAACUAAUGAAAUCAUGUUAAGACUACCUGCUAACAACAUAGUAAACAUUCGCUGCACCAAGCUGCACGACUUUAGCUCUUUAUGUUAGCUGCUCUGUAUCUACAGUCUAGUUUUGCACAUAUGUUCAUGUCAGUGUCCGAUUAAUUAGAAGAUUCUUGUUCUUUUAAUCAGUGCCACAGAUGAUUGAAGUGGUGGCAUCUAUGGCACGAGGGCCUGUGUUUUUGGCUGGGGAGGUUUUGGAGUGUCUCAUAACCUUCACAAACCCCAUAUCACAUCUGUCUACAUCUGCCAGCAGUGAGAUGUUGGCUUGGGCCAGUGCUCAGAUUCACUGCCAGUUCCAUGCCAGCGAGAGUCGCGUGGCUCUGCCCUCUCAGGGCACCAAGCAGGACGUGCAAGCUGAGAGUGACACUGUGCUGAUACCAAGCAGAGGUGAACGAGGGCAGUGUGUUCUGGACACACCGCCUAAGAUCUUGUUCUGUGACCUUCGUUUGGACCCUGGAGAGAGCAAGACCUAUACCUAUAGUGAGGUUGUGCCCACUGAUGGUCCACCCAGUUUCCGGGGUCAGGCAGUGAAAUAUGUGUACAAGCUCACGAUUGGCUGUCAGCGAGUCAACUCACCCAUCAAGUUACUGCGAGUCCCUUUCAGAGUUCUAGUGUUACAUGGCAUGCCAGAGCCUCCGUUCCCUCAAGAUGAGGAAGUGGCUCCCUCAAACCCCUUCCUGGAAGAGGAGGAAGGAAGCCGAAGAGAUACAAGACCGCUAGAAAGAGCUCUGGAUAUGCUAAUGAUCACCACCUCACGUCGAUGCCCAUAUAUGUUCAACAUCACAAAUGUGCGGGGAAAGGUGGCUAAGUUCUGCAUCUUUAAGACUGUGUACAGGCUCGGAGAAGAUGUCAUUGGCACCUUCACAUUCUCAGAAGGGGAUAUUCCAUGUUUACAGUAUUCUGUAAGUCUGCAAAGUGAAGAGGAGGUCCAAGAGCAGUACCAGAGACGACCCGGCCAGGCUGUCAGUGUCACUAAUCAUGGCCGACACCUGGAGUCCUGCUUGCACACAGCCUCCAGCCAUUUCUCUCUCCCUGUACCCCUCAACGUUACACCAGGAUUCACCACAGAUAUAGUGACGUUAAGAUGGCGACUGCAUUUUGAGUUUGUCACAGCACGGGAACCAGUGGAGGCACCAGUGGUUCUGCAGAAUCAGUCAGAAGUCACAUUAUGGACUGGGGCGGAGCAUGUGGAUGUGGACACCUUCAGUUGGGACCUGCCAAUCAAAGUGCUUCCCACCAAUCCCACGCUAGCUUCAUAUGUUUCACAGUUCACAGGGACAAACAGCAUCAACAUUUGAGUAUUGUUGGAAGAUCAAAAAAACUAACGAGUUGUUGUUGUGAGAUGUGUUGUUAGCAGUCCAAAUUCUAAAGUAGCUUAUUUUUGGAUUUGUUUUAUUGGUUCAUAUCUUUUGCCGUGCAAUGAGAUGAUAAUACUUUAUUUAAGCUACUUUAACAUUUCAGCCUUGACCAACAGACUGCUUAACCUUAUGUUAAAAUAUCUGUAUUUAUUGUCUAUAUUUCAGUGUAUGCAAAUUAUAAUGACAAACGGUUUGUGUGGUAUUUCAAUUCCUCUAUUACAAGGUAUUUUGUACAUUUCUCUAUAUGCAAAUCAUAACUGAAUAAAAUCUUUUGAGUUA